GAAAUAACCUCACAGAAUGAAAUGGAAGAGCCUGAGCAGGAGCCAUCUGAUAAAACAUUAUGCAAAUUUUUUCUUGCAGGAUCAUGUAGAUUUGGUGACAGAUGUCGAAACACCCAUGUAGACACAUCUGAUGAUUCUGCACAGCCUACUGCUAAUAAAGACAAUUUAAGCAUAGACAAGGCAUUCAGCGAACCAAAAGGCAAAAAGCCUCCCAUGAAGACAGCCAGUGAUGUCAUCUCCAGAAUACAAUGGGACCCCAAUUUGCCUAAGGAGCAUUUUUCAGUUGGUUAUCUUGAUAGAUUUUUGGGGGUAAUUGAAAAACCUUUCUCAGCUUUUUGUUGGGAAGAUUUAGCUUCAGCUGGGGUAGAUGUCCUUGCUAUACCUAAACAUCGCAUCCAGUACUUUAAAUAUCAAAAGCUGGUGGUGUGGGACAAAACUAGUCGCACAGAUGAUGUGUUCGGUUCAACAGGAAGUGGAUUGACCAUCUUAGACAUAAUUGAACAGCACAAAGCUCUUGUACAAACUGAAAAGAAUGAUGAGGAAAAAAUUGAAGAAGUGGCCCCUGAUUUAUUGGUUGAAGAAGAAGAGUAUGAGAAUGAUAAUAAUUUGCAGAAGCAAAGCACUAAAAAAGUGAGGCCUACUCACUUUAUUGCAGUCCGCAUUAGCAGUGAAGUAGUGAGAAACUCUGUAAAAGAGGUACAAGAUGCUCUGUUAAAACAGAACACAAAAAUAGCAGAGUUCCUAACUCCCCUGCCAGAGCUUCAUUUAACAUUGUGCCUUUUGCAUUUGGUCACUUCAGAUGAAAUAGAAUUUGUUCAUCGAGUCCUUCAAGAAAUUAAGACUGAAAUUCAGAGGAUCCUUUCUCCAAGCCUAAUUUUAAGCUUUGAUGGACUGAAAGAUUUUCAUUCACGUGUGCUGUAUUUGGCACCCAUGUUUGUUCCAGGAUUGUCAAGCUUUGUGGAUACCCUAAACCAAAGGUUUCGCUGCAGAGGCUUAGUAGUCAUAAAUCCACCGACUUCCAACAGCUUACAUGUGACUAUAGCAAAAGUGCCCAGAAAUAUGGCCAGUAAAAACCCCAGCCUUCUGUUCCUACCAGAGGUUUACAACAGUAUCCAGAUUACUCAUUUUGGGGCACAACAUAUUGAUAGCAUUAGCGUUUGCUAUGUUAGUAGUUCAAGACGCACUGAUGGAUUCUAUACAACACUUCUAGAACUGCCAAUGUACUGACACAGGGCUACAAAUUUC